GCUUGCUGGUGCGGGUCCUGUCCAGCGAUUCCUGAGUCGUGAUCAAGGAAAGCAUGUGUUCCCACUGUCCUGCGCUUGUCGCAGUGGGCGGUUCAUGAUGGAUCCAGCACUGCUGGAACGCGCGGCAGAGUUGGGCAAUGCUGAGGCACAGUAUGCCCUUGGUGCUGCCCUGCUCACGGGCCACGGAAGGCCAAAGGACCUCUCUCGUGCUGUGGAGCUCUGCCGCCUCGCAGCCAAGCAAAACCAUGCGGCGGCCCAGUGCAACUUGGGCGUCCUCUACGCCCAGGGGCUUGGUGUCGAACAAGACUACGAGAGGGCCAGGAGCUUCUAUGAAGCUUCUGCAAACCAGGGCGAUCCCAAUGGUUGUUUCAACUUAGCUUUGCUCUAUGCAGAAGGCGUUGCCUGCGACAAAGACUUCGCCAAGGCCGCCUCCUUGGCGCGCUCAGCACGAGAUUUGGGGCACCCCGAGGCCGCGGCGUUCCUCGAGACGUUACCGGGACAAGACGAGGCCGGGGGCGGGACCGUGUCGGUCGGGGACGGCCUAGUGGGACCCAAAGGGAUACUAGUAUGGAUUAUUACUAUUCUUAUGCCUUAUUUGUUUAUUUAUUUAUAUAUAUAUAUGUUUAAAGUUUGUUAUGUUUUUUUUUUUUUAUUUUGAUUUUUGUUGAGUCGAAUUGGUGCUUUAUAAUAGCUUUGCAGUAGAUAAAGCAUGGAUAACUAACUGCCUAAUUACUACUUCAAGAUCUUUAAGGUGACUAAUCAAAUUCCUGUACUUGGCUUUGUAAGGCUUUGGCCUUGCUACGGCCAUGGUGACCAGGCUCGGAGAUUCUCGCCCUCGUUGGGGGGGGACCUGUUGGGGCCUCAAACAAUCCGUUUUUUCCCAAAGGUAGCUUCCAAGAUCUUCAAAGCUAUUUUUCUGCUUCCGGCGGUGAAGCUUUGCUCCGCUUCUGGUGGUGUUUCCGCAUUUCAAUCGCUUCGGGGAAAAAACACCCACCACGUCGCUUCGGAAACCACCCCGGGCCCGCAUGCUUUGCUCCGCUUCGUCCAUUGGGGACCUCCCCGUGGACGUUGUCCUUCCCGUCGUUCCGUCGUUCCGGUGGGCGGCCAGUAUGUACUGGCUCAGCUACGAGACUUGCGAGCUCGGAGUCGGAAGCUUCUGGAGGAGCUGCAAAUGGAUCAGCCGGUGAGGUCCAAAGACCUGUCCGCCUGGGCGAAGCAACUGGAGGACAUGGACGAUGCGGAGAACCUGGUGCCGCGCAAGGACUGCCUGCGGCCCUGCGGGGCCCUGGGGCCUUCAUGGGCCUUCCCUGGUGCUGGGGUCGGUGGGGUUGGUGCGGUCCAAGUGGUAAGGGUCAAGAGGGGCUCUCGACUUCAUCUAAGAUAUCUAAGGCUCUCGGAGCUAGGGAUUCUUCCUGUGACUUGUUCGACUUGUUCUGCACCCGUGAUGGGGCGGUGCUGAUGGGCACCAGUUCGGAGGCGUAAGGACGUUUCGUGACCUGACUGGAGAUGUUUUGCUCUGGCGUUGGGUCUGUGUUUUCCCACCGUUUGGUCGAAGUGCCAUUCUUUCUCCUGCUCGAUGCUUUCCCUUUUUUCUUGGCCCCUUUCAGAGGACUCAGGGAAAGUAUGAGAAAGUAAAUGAAUCACAAUCAUCAUGAAUUCUACGCUUUCCUGAACCAAUCAUGGAAGUGGACAACAACCUCUUUGUAUUGGCCGAGAAUUCUGCCCUUGCCAUUUCGAUGGGGCAACGCCCAGGGCGAACGUCUUCUGCUGUGCGUCACAGGCUCCCAGUCUCCUGAAGUCCAGUAUGCCAUAGCAAUCCUGAAUGGAGAAAACCAAGCAGUCAAUUCCAGGCGCACAUGGCCUCAGCGCAUUUGGAUGCAGAGAUCGUGGAUUGACGCAAAGCAC